ACCAGUGUCCGUUUCCCUUCUUGUCCCUCCGUCGCACCUAAUGGUCUCUUCUCUGUUGCAAUGAUGCUCGCAGCAUUCGGAUACGUUAAGGGCAUUCAAUAACACCCUUCAAACUGGACAAUCUAUAUUCUCAAUCAUCGGUGAUUACUUUUGGACAAUUCUUUUUUCCCUGCCGUGAGCUGCCGCCAAUUGGAGUCAGCAAAUCAUCGAUCAGCGAUAACAAGUUGUGAAAUUGCCACAACCAGGGACUUGCAGACUGACAAAUCUGCGAACAAGCGCGGUAUAACCGCGUGAGACUUGAUCGAAACCUUUGGGAGCGGCAUCCUCGGGACUUCAUCACUUAAUUGACAUUACCACCUGGAAGAUGACCCACUUCAAUUCCACGCACGAGGAGCUUGCAGGCACCAUCCGCCUCUUUGCGGAUUCGGAUUCCACCACGUCUGAUAAGAUUUUGCUGCUUCCUCGGCCCACGGAGUCACCCAAUGAUCCUCUAAACUGGAGUUAUUGGCGAAGAAUGUGGUCUGCUGCACUGGUCUUGUACAUCACUGCUUUGACAGCCGCUACUUCCAACAGUGCUGGUGCUGCAGGUACAGCAUUGGUCGAAGAAUAUGGCAUUGGGUGGGGAGUGCAAAACACCGCUGCUGGUGUCUUGUUCUUGGGUAUCGGCUAUGCAGCAUUGGCACUGUCUUCAGCGAACUGGCUCUACGGCAGACGUAUCUCAUACAUCAUUUGUUUGAUUUCCUCCAUCAUCGGCAGUGUUUGGUUCGCUCGCUCCGACGGCAAGGCAGAUACGAUCCUCUGCCAGCUGUUCUUGGGAAUCUCUGAAUCUGUCGCUGAGGCCACCGCGCAACUGUCGUUGACAGAUGUCACUUUCCAGCACCAGCGUGGUUCCGUUCUAGGAGUAUACGUGCUCGCGACCUCCGUUGGUACUUUCCUUGGACCUAUGAUCUCUGGCUUUAUCGCGGAUAGCCCUCUUGGCUGGCGAUGGAUGGGUUGGCUUGCCCUGAUCAUUUCUUUCUGCACCCUUGUCGUCUUCUACUUUGGUUUGGAAGAGACUGCGUUCGAUCGCGAUAGCAUCCUGGACGGUCUGGCCACUGGACGUAGCUCGGCCGAGACCGAUAUCUCUGGCGAGAAGAAGACGACCGCUGAUCCGACUUCUGUGAUCGUAAGCGACGAAAUCAACAGCGACCAUCGCCCCAGAAAGGGCAAUCUUAUUCCCAAUGGCUCUGAUUUGGUUCCUAAAUCUUACUGGCAGCGCAUUGCCCUUAUUACACCAUCACCCACACUGAUCGGAACUGGAUUCAAGCAAUACAUGCGCCGUACAUUCCACACCCUACGCAUAUUCUACUUCCCAGCUGUCAUUUACUCCGGCAUGCAGUGGGGUAUGCAAGACGCCUUCCUUUCCUUCUACAUGACAGUUGAGGACGAUAAUUGGACAUCGGAGCCUUACAACUACGGCGAUCGUGCCGAUGCGAUCAUGUGUAUCCCCACAUUGAUUGGCGCUGUCAUUGGUUGUGUCUACGGUGGUUGGUUCUCCGAUGUGUUUGUGCGUUGGAUGGCCAAGCGCCGUAACAACAUCUCCGAGGCUGAGGAUCGUCUAUGGCUCAUGUACCUGCCUGCUAUCCUCUCGCCUAUUGGUCUCAUUCUGUUCGGUAUGGGUACCCAGCGCGUGUGGCCAUGGCCCGUCCCUUACGUCGCUCUGGGUUUCAUCGGUUUCGGCUUCGGCUGUGGAGGUGAUUUGACUAUGGCCUACCUCAUGGAUUGUUACCCAGAGGCAGUUCUGGAGGGCAUGGUCGGUGUUGCCGUCAUCAACAACUCAUUGGCUUGCAUCUUUACCUUCGUCUGCUCGAUCUGGCUUGAUGCACACAGUCUGACACAAGUCUUCGUCACUCUUGGAUGCGUUAGCUUCGGUGUCAUGUUCAUUGGCACUAUCGUCAUGAUGUGGUUCGGCAAGGCCACACGUAGGCUGACUGCUGGCAAGUACAAGGAAUUCCUGUACAUCCGUGGCAGCGUCUAGAAGGCGAAAAGUUGAUUUGUUUUUCUUCCCUGUCCUUCUUAUAUAAUUCUCUCGCUGUUUCUUCUUCUUCUUCGAUGUGGAUAUCCUGGACAUUGCUUUAACUGUAAUUACGUUUCAUGACAAUAGACUCAUCACAAUUCUUUUCUUCAAUUG